CAUGGUUUGGCAUGGACAUUGGGGGGACUUUAGUGAAACUUGCAUAUUUUGAACCUAUUGAUAUCACUGCAGAGGAGGAGCAAGAGGAGGUUGAAAGCUUGAAGAGUAUCCGCAAAUACCUGACUUCUAACGUAGCCUAUGGAUCCACUGGCAUUCGAGACGUCCACCUUGAACUGAAGGACUUAACAAUUUUUGGUCGAAGAGGAAACUUGCACUUUAUUCGGUUCCCAACUCAUGAUUUGCCGACUUUUAUCCAAAUGGGAAGAAAUAAAAACUUUUCAACACUACAUACGGUGCUUUGUGCCACUGGAGGUGGCGCUUACAAGUUUGAAGAAGACUUUCGCACAAUUGGAAACCUCCAGCUGCACAAACUGGAUGAGCUUGACUGCCUUGUCAAAGGCUUGUUGUAUAUAGACUCUGUCAGCUUCAACGGGCAGGCAGAGUGCUAUUACUUUGAAAAUGCCUCGGAACCUGAAAGAUGCCAAAAGAUGCCUUUUAACCUGGAUGACCCAUAUCCACUGCUGGUAGUUAACAUUGGUUCAGGAGUCAGUAUUUUAUCAGUCCAUUCCAAAGAUGACUAUAAAAGAGUAACUGGAACAAGUCUAGGUGGAGGGACCUUUCUUGGUUUAUGCAGUUUGUUAACGGGCUGUGAAAGUUUUGAAGAAGCUCUGGAAAUGGCAUCCAAAGGAGACAGCACACAUGCUGACAAGCUGGUUCGAGAUAUUUAUGGAGGAGAUUAUGAAAGAUUUGGCUUACCAGGAUGGGCAGUAGCAUCCAGUUUUGGGAAUAUGAUCUACAAAGAGAAGAGAGAGUCUGUGAGUAAAGAAGACCUGGCAAGAGCCAUACUGGUCACAAUCACCAAUAAUAUUGGGUCUAUUGCCCGGAUGUGUGCAGUAAAUGAGAAAAUAAACAGAGUUGUCUUUGUUGGCAAUUUUUUACGUGUGAAUACUUUGUCAAUGAAGCUUCUUGCAUAUGCACUGGAUUACUGGUCAAAAGGCCAACUGAAGGCCUUGUUCCUAGAACAUGAGGGAUACUUUGGAGCUGUUGGUGCUCUUCUUGGGUUGCCAAAUUUCAGUUGAGAUACCAGAUGUCACUACACUGAACUGUUUUCCACCUGGAUGGCACUUGUUUAUGGCAUUGGAAACUAAAUAUGGGGAGGGGAGAUGAAA